GGACAAACAAAAGGAGGCGCCUGAGGAGCGCAGCGUCCGGCGGCGGGACGGGGCGGCCAAAGGCUGGGGCUGCCUGCUGGGCGGCCGGGCGAGGCAGGCCCAGGGCGGCAGUGUCCAUGGAGCAAAAGGAAUGCCGGGACUCCACACAGACAGACGGGGACCAGCCUCAGCACCCACAGCCAACGUACAGAUAGCAGAGCCGCCUCAGGGUUGAACCAUGAUUCCAGUGACAGAGCUCCGCUACUUUGCGGACACACAGCCAGCAUACCGGAUUCUGAAGCCAUGGUGGGACGUGUUCACUGACUACAUUUCCAUUGUCAUGCUCAUGAUUGCUGUCUUUGGGGGAACACUGCAGGUCACCCAGGACAAGAUGAUCUGCCUGCCUUGUAAAUGGGUCACCAAGGACUCCUGCAAUGACUCCUUCCGGGGCUGGGCAGCUGCCAGCUUGGAGCCCACCUACCCCAACUCCACAAUCCUGCCGACCCCUGACACGGGCCCCACGGGCAUCAAGUACGACUUGGACCGCCACCAGUACAACUAUGUGGACGCUGUGUGCUAUGAGAACCGCCUGCACUGGUUUGCCAAGUACUUUCCCUACCUCGUGCUCCUCCACACCCUCAUCUUCCUGGCCUGUAGCAACUUCUGGUUCAAGUUCCCGCGCACCAGCUCAAAGCUGGAGCAUUUUGUGUCUAUCCUACUCAAGUGCUUCGAUUCGCCUUGGACCACAAGGGCCCUAUCGGAGACAGUGGUGGAGGAGAGCGACCCCAAGCCGGCCUUCAGCAAGAUGAACGGCUCCAUGGACAAGAAGUCAUCAACAGUGAGUGAGGACGUGGAAGCCACUGUGCCUAUGUUGCAGCGGACCAAGUCACGAAUCGAGCAGGGCAUCGUGGACCGCUCAGAGACAGGUGUGCUGGACAAGAGAGGGGAGCAGGCCAAGGCACUAUUUGAAAAGGUGAAAAAGUUUCGGACCCACGUGGAGGAAGGGGACAUCGUAUACCGCCUCUACAUGCGGCAGACCAUCAUCAAGGUGAUCAAAUUCAUCCUCAUCAUCUGCUACACCGUCUACUAUGUACACAACAUCAAGUUCGACGUGGACUGCACUGUGGACAUCGAGAGCCUGACGGGCUACCGAACUUACCGGUGUGCCCACCCUCUGGCCACGCUCUUCAAGAUCCUGGCGUCCUUCUACAUCAGCCUGGUCAUCUUCUACGGCCUCAUCUGCAUGUACACACUCUGGUGGAUGCUGCGACGCUCCCUCAAGAAGUACUCAUUUGAGUCGAUCCGUGAGGAGAGCAGCUACAGUGACAUCCCUGACGUCAAGAACGACUUCGCCUUCAUGCUGCACCUCAUUGAUCAGUAUGACCCGCUGUACUCGAAGCGCUUCGCCGUCUUCCUGUCAGAGGUGAGUGAGAACAAGCUGCGCCAGCUGAACCUCAACAAUGAGUGGACGUUGGACAAGCUGCGGCAGCGCCUCACCAAAAACGCGCAGGACAAGCUGGAGCUGCACCUGUUCAUGCUCAGUGGCAUCCCCGACACCGUAUUUGACCUGGUGGAGCUGGAGGUCCUCAAGCUGGAGCUCAUCCCUGAUGUGACCAUCCCGCCCAGCAUCGCCCAGCUUACUGGCCUCAAGGAGCUGUGGCUGUACCACACCGCAGCCAAGAUCGAGGCUCCUGCCCUGGCCUUUCUGCGUGAAAACCUGCGGGCACUGCACAUCAAGUUCACUGAUAUCAAGGAGAUCCCACUGUGGAUCUACAGCCUGAAGACACUGGAGGAGCUGCACUUGACAGGCAACCUGAGUGCAGAGAACAACCGCUAUAUCGUCAUCGACGGGCUGCGGGAGCUCAAGCGCCUCAAGGUGCUGCGGCUCAAGAGCAACCUGAGCAAGUUGCCACAAGUGGUCACAGACGUGGGCGUGCACCUGCAGAAGCUGUCCAUCAACAACGAGGGCACCAAGCUCAUCGUCCUCAACAGCCUCAAGAAAAUGGUGAACCUGACAGAGCUGGAGUUGAUCCGCUGUGACCUGGAGCGCAUCCCCCACUCCAUCUUCAGUCUCCACAACCUGCAGGAGAUUGACCUCAAGGACAACAACCUCAAGACUAUCGAGGAGAUCAUCAGCUUCCAGCACCUGCACCGCCUCACCUGCCUUAAGCUGUGGUACAACCACAUCGCCUACAUCCCCAUCCAGAUUGGCAAUCUCACCAACCUCGAGCGCCUCUACCUGAACCGCAACAAGAUCGAGAAGAUCCCCACCCAGCUCUUCUACUGCCGCAAGCUGCGCUACCUAGACCUCAGUCACAACAACCUGACCUUCCUCCCCGCUGACAUUGGCCUCCUGCAGAACCUCCAGAAUCUGGCUGUCACGGCCAAUCGGGUGAGUGGCCCGGGCAGGGUGCAGUGA